CACUUUUGUUCAGUCGCUCGUUUCUCAUUCCUUUCAUUCGCCUUCUUUCUUCAUUCACUCACUCCCGACCUUAGGUGCGAGGCAACACAUUACUCCCGGACUCUCCAAGACAGACAUGCUUACUCAAGUAUCAACAUAUGUGGCCAGUGGCAAUAGCAGCAUGCCUCCGCCCAAGAGACGUAAACCGGACAAGAGAAACAGCCUGACAGCACCCAAGAGAUGCCCGACACAAGAAUUAAAUUCGCCUUUGUCCUCCGGAUUAGCAGCUGUAGUCAAGGAUGCCACCAAAUCAUUGGGAGCACGUAGCAGGAAGGGAAGAACAAGCAGACUGAGAAAUCAGAAGAGAGAUCGGGAGCUCAGUGGCGAUACACAAAAAAUCGAAUCAGGCAGGUCGCAUGCAUCCAUUGAAGCUCAACCCGCUUUCUCCUGUCUUCUUUUCGGUCCCUAACCAUCGACUCGGCUUUGAUUGGUAUGUCAAUGUCACAACAGCUAUUAUCAAGGACCAAGAGUAUCUGGACUUCCUCGACUGGCUGAAGAAGAUGGGUUGUCCCAAGACAAAACUGACCUUGGCAGAGUUCUCAAAUACUGGUCGUGGCAUGAUGGCAACAAAGGACAUUAAGGCGGGAGAAGUCAUCGUACAGGUGCCUGAGAGCAAUCUCGUGACGAUGAAGACGCUGCAGUCGUUAUAUGGCGCAAGAAUCGCUCGAUUCGGGAACAAGGUCAACUCGCAUAUGAUCAUUGCGCUGCAUAUUGCACUGUUGGUCCAGGCGCCGGAGAAGUCCGGAUGGUUGCCGUACUUACGAAUGCUGCCAAAGAAAUUCGACACUAUGCCUGUGCGAUACCCACAGGAACUCUUUGACCUACUACCUCAGAAUGCGCAAGCUCAUGUUAAAAAGCAAAAAGCAAAAAUCAUGGCCGACUACAAGGCAACGUUGCAGUUCUUACAGUCGAAUAGCGACCUGUUAACACAACCACUCCAGUAUGAAGAGUACGAGUGGGCAUGGCUCGUUGUCAAUACCCGUUGCAUCUACCUCGAUGCCAAGAAGCAAGUUGCUGCUGAUAACAUUGCUCUUGCGCCUAUGCUGGACUUUCUCAACCAUACACACGAUGCUAAGACGGAGGGCUUCUUUUGUACUAAAACAAAGUCGUACAAAAUCAGGACGCUGCUUCCUUACAAGAAGGGCGAGCAGGUCUUUAUCAACUAUGGUCCACACGACAACUGCUUCAUCCUUGUGGAGUAUGGCUUCGUAACGCCAGACAACCCUUUCAAUUACGUGACAGUUGACAGCAACUUUCUACAGCUCUCCAUCCCGGGGGAGACACCGACAGCCAAGAAGGAAAAGCUGGAAUUGUUGGAUAUGGCGGGAUACUUUGGCGACUAUGUGCUUCAUCGAGAUGAUGUCUCGUUCCGGCUGUUAGUUGGCCUGCGUCUCCGACUUAUCAACUCCUUCCACAAGUCCUCUGCAGCCACACAACUGGCCAUCGCCCAAUGGCACAACGUCGUCAGUGGUGAGCUGGACCAAAUCAGCCCUGAGAACGAAAGAAUGGUACCGGUGUACGUUGAGCAAUUGUGCGAGGAGAUGCUUGCUCAAGCCAAGACAAACCUGGGUAUCUUGGCAAGGAAAAAGACCACGUUCCCAGUGAUGCAUCUGCAACAAAUGUGGAUCGAGGCCCGAGAUAUCAUCUUAUCUAUCAUGGACAAGAUCCACAGAAAAGAGCCGUUGUAGUGUACUCGCUCCGGCGUUAUAUCCAUUGUAUUUAUCCUAUUCAUUGUAUGUAUCCGUUGUGCUGAUUCUGCAGAAAUAAAGUCGCUUUUGCUACCCUGAGGGAC